CCCUCCCUCUAUUUCUCUCGCUUUCUCUCUCGUGAUGACGGCUAGAGUCGUGCCUCCACACCGCAUGUGUGUGAGAGCGUGUGUACGGUACAUGGAUCAUUCCGUCCACACCAACGGAGACACUGCCGCCGCAUCCAGCGAUCAUUCUCCCGUAGACCGACCGCAGAUUCUCCCUCUCUCCGGACUCGGUGAGAUGCUGCAGGUGUCUCUCUGUGUUUAGCCUGACUCAUCUGACUGACAGCAGGAGGCCAGAGAUACACACACACACACACACACACACACACACACACACACACACCUUUAAUGAUAAUGUCUACACCCUAACUAAACCAAACCUCACAGAAACAUCAUUAGAUACUAAUAAAACAUGUUCUGGCUUAUUUAUAAGUGUUUUAAUUAGUGAGGAGCUGUGAAAUUUCAGUACUAGUCAGUGGUUUUCAUAUCUCAGUAUUUAAGUCCUCAGAAGUAUAGAUAAACCAGUACACACACACACAGGUUUGCUGUCUAUUUCAGUAAGGACAUUACUUAGACUUCCAUUGUUUUUUUUUCAUCAGUUUAAUAAUAAUAUCGAUAGCCUGGCUUAUAGCCCCUAAACCAAACCCCAAUAAUAACACGUUUCCUUUCCAUUUAUAAACAUUUAAAUUAGUAAGUAGCAGUGAAAUAUCAACACUAGUGGGUCAUUUUGAUCUCACUAUCUUGAUAUAGGACAACUGAGCCCUCACAAUUAUAGCUAAACCAGUACACACACACACAUACACACACACACACAGGUUUGUCUAAAUAUCUUAGUGAGGACAUUACAUAGACUUCCAUUGUUUUUAUAUUAGGUUAACGACACUGUCUACAGCCUAACUAAUCCAAACCUCACAUAAACAUCAUUAGAUACUGGUAAAAGCAUAUUUCUUUCCCUUUUUUAGCAUUUUAAUUAGCGAGGAGCAGUGAAAUGUCAACACUAGUGGGUGGUUUUCAUAUCUCACUAUAUAAGUGAGCCCUCACAAGUAUAGCUAAACCAGUGCACACACACACACACAGGGGUUUCUCAAACUAUCUUAGUGAGGACAUUACAUAGACUUCCAUUGUUUUUAUAUUAGGUUAAUGACACUGUCUACACCCUAACUAAACCAAACCUAAUAGAAACAUCAUUAGAUAUUAAUAAAAGCAUAUUUCUUUCCCUUUUUAAUGCAUUUUAGUUAGUGAGGAGUUGUAAAAUGUCAGUACUAGUGGGUGGUUUUCAUAUCUCACUGUAUAAGUGAGCCCUUACAAGUAUAGCUAAACCAGUACACAUACACACAGGUUCUCAGUAAGGGCAGUACAUAGACUUCUAUUGUUUUUGUAAUAUCAGUUAAUGAUAAUAUCUAUAGCCUAGCUGUACCCCUUAACCAAACCCUAAUAAAAACAUAAAUAUUUUCUAUUUAUAAGGAUUUAAAUUAGCGAGAAGCAGUGAAGAGUCAACAUUAGAGGGUCAUUUUGAUCUCAAUAUCUCGAUAUAGAAGUUUUUAUUUAUUUAUUUAUUUUAUUUAACAGGGACAAUGCUCAUUAAUAAACAGUAAAACUGUAAAUUAGCCAGAGUUAGCCACAAGGGCUAAUUUUUAUCUGUUGCCCUCUGCCAGAUUUUUAGGCAACCUAAAAUUGAAAACACAUCAUCACACAUACAAAAACAGUGAAGUCACAAAUGACAAAGGGAUAAAACAUGCAACUAUCUUAGUAAGGACAUUACAUAGACUUCCAUUGUUUUUUUUUAUAGCAGGUAAAUGAUAAUAUCUAUAGCCUACCCCAAAACCAAACAUGACAGAAACAUCAUUAGAGAUUUUUAUUUAUAAGCUUUUUAAUCAGUGAGGAGCAGUGAAAUGUCAGCACUAGUGGGUCGUUUUGAUUUCUCACUAUUGACCUUAUUUGGCAGGGUGGAAGUGCGCUCGUUUGUGCGAUUGUUUUGGAACUUCUGAUUCUGAUGACUAUGAAUAAUAAAUGGCAGAAAGCUGUCAAACUACUCACUUUACAAACGUGUGUUAAUGACUAUACAUGAAAAGUAGAAUAGCAAUAUAAGAAAAAGAUCAGUUUGCAACAUCAAACAGCAGAACAAGCUGCUUUCAUCAUCUAAAAAUCAAUGGAAGUGAACAAGAGCGGACGUCUUAAGUCAAAAAGAGUCCAAUGCUUGUGUCCGCUCGUACAUGAAGAAUAAGUUCUAUGCUCAAUCUCGCUAUAGGACAGCUGAGUCCUCACAAGUAUAGCUAAACCACUGCACACACACACUCGUGAUGACGACCUCGGCUCUGCGGCGGCAGGUGAAGAACAUCGUGCACAAUUACUCGGAUGCGGAGAUCAAGGUGCGCGAGGCGACCUCUAAUGACCCCUGGGGCCCGUCCAGCUCCCUUAUGUCGGAGAUCGCCGAGCUCACCUUCAGCGUGGUGGCCUUCAGCGAGGUCAUGGCCAUGGUGUGGAAGAGGCUGAACGACCACGGCAAGAACUGGAGACACGUCUACAAGGCUCUGACGCUGCUGGAUUAUCUGGCCAAGACGGGAUCGGAGCGUGUGGCGCAGCAGUGUCGAGAGAACGCCUUCACCAUCCAGACGCUCCGAGACUUCCAGUAUGUGGACCGGGACGGGCGCGAUCAGGGCGUCAACGUGCGCGAGAAGGCCAAGCAGCUGGUGGCACUGCUGCGGGACGAGGACCGGCUGCGGGCGGAGCGAGCGCAGGCACUCAAGACCAAAGAGAGGAUGAUGGCGGCAGGAGCUCCACCAGCGUACCCCAGCAGACGCAGCAGUCAGCCCAGCAUGGCAGCUCUGUACGGGGAAGAGUUCAACCACUCCAGAGGAUCCCCGUCAUCCUUCAACUCCUCCUCCUCGUCCCCCAGGGCGUCUGAUCUGGAGCAAACACGGCCGCAGACGAGUGGAGAAGAAGAGCUUCAGCUGCAGCUAGCUCUGGCCAUGAGCAGAGAGGAUCAGCGCAGCCGACAUGGUGACGACCCUCCUGUUCAACAGGAGAGAGAGGGCGAGAGACACUCGGGCCCUCCAGAGUCCGCCAUGAUGGAUCUGGUGGAUAUAUUCAGCUCCACGCCUACAGGACCCCUGAGAGACGAGUCCUGGGAUGCUCCCUCCUCCUGUCCCGCCACCGCUGACCCCUGGGGGCCCUCCGCUGUAGUAAAGUCUAAUAACCCAGUGGCUGGGAGUCCCUGGAUGGCCCGCCCUUCCUCCAGUAGUCCCGCCCGCCAGUGGGGAACCCGCCAAUCACCAACCAACCCCUGGGAUGCCCCACCUUCAAACUCCACCUCUACUAUGGAUGAAAAAGUCUGGAGGAGCCCAGCAAGAUUAGUGAGUGGGAGGGACCCAUUCUCCAUUCCCGAGGAGGAGGAGCUUCAGGUGGAGGAGGAGGGGCUUCCACUGGAGAGGGAGGGGCCAAACCGAGUGUUCAGCCCUCGCUGUGAGAGUCCUGCAGAUGGUGAUCAGUUUGGAGAGCUGGUUCUCGGUGUUCAUGUGAACGGACGAGAGAAUGACAGUCCUGAGGCAUUUGACCUGUCACGCCUUGGGCCUCCUCUGGACACAGCGACCCGCAGACAGUGUCGGACCCCUGAAGCAUUUCUCGGACCCACCGCGGCGUCCCUCGUCAACCUGGACACGCUGAUCCCCACAAAUCCUCCGGUCAAGAGCAAAAACCCCUUCCUGUCAGGUCUGAGCACGCCGUCUCCCACGAACCCCUUCCACUGUGAGCAGCCCAGACUGACUCUGAAUCAGAUGCGUCCUCACUCCACGUCUCCUCUGCCGGCUCACGCUCUGUCCUACAGCGCAUCUCUGCCGCUGCCCAACCUGCAACACAAACCUCAAACUUUGCCCUCGUCCUUCACACAGCCUCACCACGGCUUGCUGGAGCUUCCCAGCAACCUGCCCCAGCCGCUGCUGCCCCUCACGCCUGUCCCACUGCCACCCUCCAGCCGACAGAGACUACAGCAGAGCCACAACCCCUUCCUCUGAGACACCGCUCUAAAUGUGAACACUCAAACUCAAUGUGAAUGCACUGAGAAGCUCAUCUGAAGACUAUGAUUGUUACCGAACAGUUAUUUUUAGCGAAAGUUCCAAUAAGCCAACAACACAAAGCCACAUCCUCUUCCUCAGAGACACCGCUUUAAUCAUACUGACUCAAUCUGGAUUACACUGAUUCAGAUUCAGUGUGAAUAGACUAAAGAGUUCAUCUGAAGACUAUGCUUGUUACUGAACAGUUAUUUUGAGUGAAAGUACAUUUCCAAUAGCCAACAUAGAGCCACAGCUCCAUCCCCCAAGACACUGCUAUAUAUGUAGACACUUAAACAUAAUAAAAGUGAUUCGGAUUCAAUGUGAAAGCACUGAGGAGCUCAACUGAAGACUAUGAUUGUUACUGUACAGUUAUUUUUGUGAAAAAUAACGAGUUUUUUUCCUAAAAAAAACUGACACAGAGCCACAACCCCUUACUCAGAGACUUUAAUCAUGCAGACUCAAACUGGAUUAUAGUGAUUCAGAUUCAGUGUGAAUGCACUGAAGAGCGCAUCUGAAGACUAUGCUUGUUACUGAAGUUAUUAUUAGUGAAAGUAUAUUUCCAAUAGCCAACAAACACAGAGCCACACCCCCUUCCUUUAAAACACUGCUAUAUAUCUGGACGCCAUAUCUGGAUUAAAUUGAUUCAGAUUCAGUGUGAAUGGACUAAGGAGCCCAUCUGAAGAUUAUGAUAGUUAUUGAACAGUUAUUUUUAGUAAAAAUACUUUUGCAAAUAGCUGACAAACACAGAGCUCUGACCCCUUCCUUGGAGACACUGCUUUUGUCAUGCAGACUCAAACCGGAUUACACUGAUUCGGAUUCAGUGUGAACAGUCUGAAGAGCUUAUCUCUAGAAAAUGACUGUUGAUGAAGGCACUGAAAAGCUUGUCUGGAGGCUUUGAUUGUUAUUGAAGAGUCAGUAUUAAUGAAGGUACUUUCCCAAAAAGUUAACACAGAGCCAGGACCCCUUUCUCUGAGACACUGCUUUAAAUGUGGACACCAAAACUGGAUUAAAGUGAUUCAGAUUCAGUUUGAAUGCGCUGAAGAGCUCAUAUCUACACAAUGAUUGUUACUGAAGAGUUCAUUUUAGUGAAACAAACAGCACCACGGUGGUCAGUGCUAAAAACUUUUCCUUUGAGACACUGCUUUAAAUGUGAACACUCAAACUGGAUUAAAGUGAAUCCGAUUCCAUGUGAAGGGUUUGGAAAUCUGAACUAUAGACUAUGAUUGUUGAUGAAAAUUCAAUAUUUUGUGAAAAUGCUUUUCCUAUAAAUCAUCAAACACAACACCAAAGCCGAAACCACAACACCUUCAUCUGACUUAAGUUGGAUUAUGGCAAUUCAGAUUCAGUGUGAAUGCUCUGAAGACCUCAUCUAAAGACUAUGAUAGUUACUGAAAAGUGAGUUAUUAGUGAAAGCACUUGUCCAAUAAGCCAACAAACAAAGAACCACAGCCCCUCAUUCUAAGAUACAGCUUUAAACAUGCCGACUCAAAGCGGAUUACAUCGAUUCAGAUUCAGUGUGAAUGCUCUGAAGACCUCAUCUUAAGACUGUGACCGUUACUGAACAGUACGUUUUUGUGAAAGCACUUGUCUAAUAAGCCAACAAACACAGUCACACCACUUGCCCAGCUUUAAACAUGCAGACUCAAAGCGGAUUACAGCAAUUCAGAUUCAGUGUGAAUGCUUUGAAGACCUCAUCUAAAGACUAUGAUAGUUACUGAACAGUGAGUUAUUAGUGAAAGCACUUGUCUAAUAAGCCAACAAA